AUGCACGAUGACACGCACUGGAUGGACCAGUACAUUGCUCCUGGGCUACGUUUGUGGAUGUUAAUCGGGUUAGUAGGGUCAGUGUUACUGUCGAUGACUAUCAUCGUAUGUUGUUUCAUGAGGAUUCGUAUUCCUCGAACCAAAAGACAGAUUGAACUGAUGAGUGCAAAGUAAGUGACAUUUGAGUUACAAUUACUCAACUUUAGGAUACCAAAACAUAAAACCAUACUUUCUUAUCUUCUGCAUUCAAAUUUCUAAAGUUCUAGACAAUGAAUGCCUAAAUUUAGGAGAGCACAGAGAAAACAGAGACGAGAAGGUGGUCGAUUGUCAGGCCAAAACGGAGUUGAGCCUGGCUACGACCGAGGCCAGACGAUUGUUAUGAACUCGCUGGCUACGAGGCCGCCCGGGCGCGGCGAUCGCAGUCGGGAGCCCUUAAAUUCGCAUUCAGCCAAUGUAUAA